GGCGCGCGAAUGAGGGGCGCCAUGUCUAUAAGCUAGCCAUUGCUACUGCACCCGCUACUCGUCGUUUCCAUCCACGUCACCAGCGUCAUUUCUUACACAAAUUGUAUGAUCGGCACGCUGCAGUGAUUCUACCAUCGUGUACUACUUCUACACGUACGGCCACAAAUGCGACAUGGACAAACAAAAGAAAACCAUCCAUGCUUUGUCCCUGCCAUAUCCAGACAAUCAAUGGCCGCAUGUAUCUGCAGGCCACGAACAGGCCAUCCUCGCCCUUCUAUUACCUCUCCUACAACCGAUUGGCAAUUUCAGACGCGAGCAUGUUGCACGGUCAAAAGGCAAAGGAAGAGCUGGAAAGCCGAAGAAGAUCAUACACACUGAGGCGAUGCCAGAGUGGAUGCCCGAGAUCUACGACCACCUCACCAUAGGAUUCAACAGCACAGUGCGAAGGCUAGAGUCUUUGGCUCAAAGCCGCAAGCCUGCCAUACUAUCCCAGGAAACAGGCAAUGAAGAGCCACCACACCCGGGCCCAAAACUUUCAGUCGUAUUUGCGUGCCGACAAACCCUGCCCGACAUUAUGACCUCCACGAUACCGUUGCUGCUAGCAACCUCCUCUCCCAAAACCACACGUGCCCGUUUGGUAGAAUUGUCUAAGCAGUCUGAAGCGAAGCUAGCACAAGCGUUGAACCAACCACGACUCGGGGUGCUUGGUCUGGAACAGAACGCUCAAGAGUUUGAGACUCUGGUGCAGUUCGUGACGGAGAAUAUUGAGGCUGCUGAGGUGCCUUGGUUGGAACACGCUGCAAGCACUCCAUAUCUCCCAGUGAAUAUCGAAACAGUCGAGACAACCGCCAAAGCGAAGCCGGACUCAACGGCUCCGGCACAGAAGAGGAAGAGGACAGACGAAGGUUGAGCAUGGUUGCAAUGUUCCAACAUCCUUCACGGAAUGAAGGGGAUCCGAACAGGAACGCGCUCGCGAUAAUCCAGAUAACUU